ACCGGGGAAACCCGCCGUCCGCGGCUUUAAAACCGGUCAGUGCGGACUUCCGAGGCGGGAUUGUUUUUAUUUUUAUUUAGCGGCUUCUCUGUGGUUCUUCCGCUUAAAGGAGACCCGACAGAAACCGGACCUGGAUCUCAUUUAGUCCUGGCUGAACUGGGUUCGGUCCAGUCGAACUUUAACAUGACUCAGCAAGGCGCGGCUCUUCAGACCUACAACAACGAACUGGUCAAGUGUAUCGAGGAGCUGUGCUCGAAGCGAGAGGAGCUGAGCCGACAGAUCAGGCAGGAGGAGGAUGAGAAGGAGCGCCUGCAGCACGACGUCCGGGUCCUGUCCGAGAAGCUGAGCCGGGUCGACGAGAGCCUGGCCCGGAGGCUGGCCGCCCGCACGGCCCUGGACCGGACCAUCGCCGAGACCGAGGCCGCGUACGCCAAGAUCCUGGAGAGCUCCCAGUCGCUGCUGAGCGUUCUGAAGCAGGAAGCAGGAAACCUCAGUAAGGCCACGGAGCCGCGGAGGAAAGAGCAUUAAGCUCAGCAGCAGCAGGUCACCCAGCGCCUCAGGACCAAACGUUUUGCACAUUCAGACUCUUUUUUUUUUUCCUCCUAAAAAUCAAUAAAUGUAUUUGUGAACGAUCAUUUCCCACAAAA